UAUGGUCUAUAUAUAUAUUUAUAUGUAUGUAGUCUAUAUAUGUAAGCAUCAUUCCAUAAGAGUUUUUCCAGUAAAAUAAAUGAUUGAGCACAAACCAUGAUUUCAUAAUAAUGAAAUGGUUCUUUUGAGAGCACGAUGCUUUUGUUGCAUGUUUUAUUUUACACAAUAUCAAUACAUAAUGUAUUUAUUGAAUGUUAUACGCCGGAAACAAAUUGUAAUAAUACUAUUAUAUCCGACAAAUCAUCAAGACGACAAAGUAAAUUUCUUUUUGAUUCUAUAUUUCGCAUUGGUUCUGGGAUCUCGAAUGCUUUUGGUGAGGACACGGAUGAAGACCCAGAUUACAACGAUAUAAAUAUUGAAAAAUGUGAUUGUGAUUGUGGUUUUUCUAAUGAAGAAAUACGAAUUGUUGGAGGACGACCAACCGGAAUAAAUCAGUACCCAUGGAUGGCCCGAAUUGUAUACGAUGGGAAGUUUCAUUGUGGAGGAUCGCUGUUAACAAAAGAUUACAUUUUAACUGCGGCACAUUGUGUGAAAAAACUUAGAAAAUCGAAAAUAAGAGUUAUAUUUGGAGAUCAUGAUCAAAAAAUAACUUCGGAAUCUAAUGCAAUUCAAAGAGCAGUCACUAGUAUCGUAAAACAUAGACAUUUCGACCCCGAAACCUAUAACUACGACAUCGCAUUAUUACGACUUCGAAAACCAAUAACGUUUUCAAAAAUUAUUAAACCUGUUUGCUUACCACGCUAUAAUUACGAUCCAUCAGGUCGCAUUGGUACAGUUGUUGGAUGGGGCAGAACUUCAGAAGGAGGCGAAUUACCAGCUAUUAUUAACCAGGUUAAAGUACCUAUAAUGUCCAUUACGGAGUGCAGAAAUCAGAAAUACAAGAGCACAAGAAUUACAUCAACAAUGCUUUGCGCUGGAAGACCCAACAUGGAUUCGUGUCAAGGUGAUAGUGGCGGCCCGUUAAUACUUUCAAACGGAGUUAAGUAUUUCCUUGUUGGCAUUGUGUCGUGGGGAGUAGGAUGUGGAAGAGAUGGGUACCCAGGUGUUUACACCAGAGUUAGUAAAUUUAUACCUUGGAUUAAGUCGAACUUGAAAAAUACGUGUUUAUGUUCAUAAAUGUAUCAAACCCGCAUUUAAGCACUUUACAAAUUGGUUGUUAUCACUUAAUGUUAUAUAACUUUAUGUUUUUUUUCAUCUUAAUACGACUAAUACAAUGAAAUGGGUUUAAUAUCAAAAAAUAGGUUUAAAAUAGAAAAGUAUAUAGUGUACAUUUGGUGUGUAAAUGCUACGUUAAAGAAAGUGAAUUAAUUAUUAUUCAAUAUGUAUUUCUAUUUAAGGUUAAAAACAAAAUGUUUUCUCUUUGAAAAUAUUACUUUUCUAUAUAUUUAAGAAUCGAUAUCGAGGUAUUUUUUAUGAUGUGUCUAUUUAAAUUUUGUUUUUGAUAUUUCCCAUGGAAGGCAAAAUCUGGAAUUCUGUUACUAUUAAAAAGGAAAACAAAUCGGACAUAAACUGUUGAAUAUAAUAACUCAAAAUUAGUUUAUUAUUUUGACGAAUAAAUAAUUGGAACAACAACA